AUGCCUUCUUUCACCACCAAGACCUUCCUCGCCGCCCUUGCUGGCGCUGUCAGCGUUGCCGCCCACGGCCACGUUGAGUCCAUCACCGUUGGUGGAACCAAAUUCGAAGGUUUGAAUCCGGGCUCUGCACCUUACGACAACCCUCCCAAGGAGCUCGUCGCUUGGUUCGCCACCAACACCGACAACGGCUUCGUUGAGCCCUCCGCCUUCGGUGACGCCGACAUCAUCUGCCACAAGGGCUCCAAGAACGCCGUCAAGUCCGCCAGUGUCAAGGCCGGUGAGAAGGUCACCAUCAAGUGGGACACCUGGCCCGAGUCUCACAAGGGUCCCGUCAUCGACUACCUCGCUUCUUGCGGUGCCAGUGGCUGCACCAAGGUCGACAAGACCGACCUCAAGUUCUUCAAGAUCGCCGAGGCCGGUAUGACCUCCGGUGGCAAGUUCGCCUCCGACGAGCUCAUUGCCGCUGGCAACACCUGGGAGGUCACCAUCCCCACCAGCCUCAAGGCCGGUUCUUACGUCCUCCGUCACGAGAUCAUUGCUCUCCACGCCGCUGGCCAGGAGAACGGUGCCCAGAACUACCCCCAGUGCUUCAACCUCGAGGUCACUGGUUCCGGUACUGAGCAGCCCGCCGGUGUUGCCGGUACUUCUCUGUACACUGCCUCCGAGAAGGGUAUCGUCUUCGAUCUCUACAACAACCCCACCAGCUACCCCAUCCCCGGUCCCAAGCUGGCCAUCGGUGGCUCCAGCUCCGGCUCUGCUCCCGUCUCCGAGACUCCCGCCAAGACCGAGACUCCCGCUGCCGGUACCUCCGCUGCUACUCCCGUCGAGUCUGCCCCUGCUAGCAACGAGUCCGCCUCCGCCCCCGUCGAGACCCAGGCUCCCUCUACCCCCGUCGAGACUGAGGCUCCCUCUACCCCCGUUGAGACUGAGGCCCCUGCUGCUUCCUCGCCCACCAAGACUGGCUGCAAGGCCAAGAAGGCUCGCCGUCACGCCCGUGACAUGGCUGCCCGCGUCUAA